GGUGAGUGGAAUUUGCUCUCCCAUUACUCCGGUCUUCUUCACAAGCUUGACAUUUAAUUUCUUUGCUGCGCUUCGUGGUUUUCCUUAAUUACAUCGAUGCAAAACGGAUGCAUAUGAUCAAAUAAAUUCGAUUCUUGUGCUACAGAUCCUCCAUAUCUUGGGCUAUAGCUAGAAAUAUGCAGACAACCUCAGUGGUGUCAUGCUUGGCAAUUUUGCUACUGUUAAUUAUCAUACAUAGCUUCUCCUGUGACUGGGUUUAUGGUGCUACCAUAGAGUGUUUUAUGUAUUGUCCAUGUCGCCGAUUCAAGUUACUCUCUGACCUGCAGGAAUCCUCAUUUAUCAAACAGAACUGAGGCAGCUGGAAGAGGGAAAGUUUAGUAUGAGAGAGAGAGAGAGAGGAUGGGGUGGGUGGAGCUGUUGCUGCUGCUGCUGACAUUGAGUUCAAUGGGUUUAACGAAUGUAGAAGGCGCAUCGACAAAGGAACCUUUCACUUUACCUUCCAAUUGCACAAAAAGAUGCGGUAAUAUCAGCAUCGAGUACCCUUUCGGGAUAGGCAAUCGUUGUUAUCGUCCGGGCUUUAAUCUUACUUGCACGAACGAUACCAAUCAACCUCCAAGGCUCUUCUUGGGUGAUGGAAAACUCGAGAUCACUAGAAUCGAUUUGGAUAAUGGGACCGUGAGCGUCAUGACACCCAUUAUCACCAUGGGUGUGGAUGAGGAGUUCAUUAAUGUUACUUUAAUUGAUCUUCGGAAUUGGCCUUACUCUUUAAAAUCAUUGGAUCUGCAGAAUUCUUACCCAAGAUAUACAUAUAAUCAUUUGUAUGUGUCUGGUUGCAGCGUGAUUGUCGACCUGCUGGAUCCCACUACUAAUAGGACUAUCGAUACUUGCACAACUAUAUGCACUUCCAAUGACAACAGUCAGUGCAGACUUGGGUUGUAUGAUUGGAAUAGUACUUCAUUGGUGGUUCGAUUAACGCGACUCAAUCAGAGUGACCUUCAUUUUCUUAAUGCUUCCAGUAUCAAAGUUUUCGUGUACGAUUCUUACAAUUCUACCAUAGAUGAUCUCCAAAGAAUAGUGAAAGGCAGGAGCUCGGAAGUGGAGACUGCCCUAUCAUGGUACAUCAAAGGCUAUCCUACCUGUGAAGAGGCUAAGAAGAAUAUGAAAACUUAUGCCUGCAUCAGUCCCAAUAGCGACUGUUAUGACGUCAUUAAUUAUUAUAACUACACUGAUUAUAAUUUUGGGUACUUUUGUCAAUGUUCUGUUAAUUAUCAAGGCAACCCAUAUCUACCAAAUGGCUGUCAAGGUAAUAUUCCUCAUCUCUUUGUGUGAGUUCGAUUAGAUAAACAUGAUAUGCAAUAGAAGUGAUUAAAUAUAAUACACGCAUGAUAAGUUUAAAUUUUCUUCGUGGUUCUCUGUUAUGCUUGAUACUGGUUUCUCUUUUUUUGACAAUCAAACUGGUAAAAGGGAUGUUUACUUGUGUAAAGAAAUCCAUCUCACUAUUAGAUAAGACUGUUAUACAGUAGAAUAGACUAAAUCAUGUAAUGGCUUGAAUCCCCUGCUCAUUAGAUAAAUAAAUGGUACAACAUACAUUAGAUCCCUAGGCCAUUUGCCUUAUCCAUCUCCACAAUAACACAGGAGAAAGUCUGGUCGGCGUAUCUACAAUCCUAUGCCUUCGGGAUUUUAUGAUCGCUACUCACUUAUUCUCAAUGCUUGGCUUACGAUUCUGAUUUUUUAGAUACAAGUCAAUCGUACAGCUCCUUUUGGCCAUCAGAUAACGAAAAACACGGUAAGCUUAUGACAACUUCUGCUGCUGACUUGCUUCAUCAUAUCAACAGAUACAAAUUUUACUCUACAUCCGGUGAAGGGCUGUCCAACAAAAUGUGGGAGUGUUGACAUCCCUUUUCCAUUCGGGCUAAAAGAAAGGUGUUACAGAGACCAGUUAUUUGCUCUAACGUGCAACCACACGUCAAUUCCUUCCACUCUUCUCUUCCGGAAGUAUUACAUAGUGCACAAUAUAUCGUUGGAGAAAGGGCAAUUAGAAGUUGAGUAUAAAUACAAUGAGGCCGACAGCUAUACCUAUACAACUACACCUUUCACUUUCGUUGACGAGCAACCCAUUGUUAGUUGGGUCAUUGAGAAUCAGCUUUGCAAGGAUGCUCAAAGCAAUAGAACGAUGUUUGCAUGUGUCGAUGAACACAGCUCAUGUGUGGACAUUAACACCACAACAAGAGAUGGUCAAAAUAUCUUGGGGUA